GAAUUUGAAAAGAAAUUUAAGAGAGUAAAGGACAGAGGCGGAUUCCAAAAGAAAAUGGCGGAAAGUCAGUAGCACUACACUCAACUCCAUAAGCUAAAGCAAGGACUAGGGUUACGGUGUCGACUACUCCAACAACGAUGUUCGGAGGUCAGACUUCCUCCUCCGUCUUCGGCACUCCCUCUUCCUCCCCAGCAUUAUUUGGCACUCCGUCCAAUUCAACCCCAGCAUUCGGCACGCCGUCAACUUCCUCUUUCGGCACUGGCUUUGGAUCCUCACUAUUUUCAACACCAUUCUCACAACAGCCACAACAACAACAAACUUCCUUAUUUCAAACACCUCAGAGUUCGGCGUCCCCUUUCAGCUUUUCCACACCACCCGUUGGUUCAUUUGGUCAACAACCUAAUUUCGCUAAUAAUGCUCAAUUGACUACUCAGAUGGCUCCUGUUGCUCCUCUCCCUUUCUCUCUCGCUGAUAGGGAUUUACAGGCAAUUGUUGAUGCAUACAAGGAGGAGGCCGGGAACACUAAGUAUGCUUUCAAGCAUCUUUUGUUCAGUGUGACGGAACCUCAAUAUAGGUCGAAACCUGCUGGUGUAUCUGAUAUUAUGUGGGCAGAGGCAAUGGGAAAACUUGAAGGCAUGGAGAGUACUGAUCGUGAGCGCCUGUGGCCUCAGCUUGUUCAUGGCUUCAAGGAUCUCUCCGAUCGGCUCAAGCUGCAAGAUGAAGUCAUAGUUUCGGAUGCUGAGAGGCUGCGAAUGACACAGAACAAUGUGAAAACGCUGCAAAGGCAUUUCCAAGCUGAUACCCUUCCCUGGAUCGAAAGAAUGAGACAGAAAGAGCAAGGUCUUCAAAGACGCCUUUUGAGGGUAAUGAGAAUACUAGAGGCACUGGAAGGUAAAGGUUGUCGAUUGCCUUUGAUGAAAGGAGAAGCUGAAUUGGCAGAGAAGUUGACUGCCAUCACUAGACAGUUAAAAGGAUCUGGAGCAGAGCUUUCUAGGAGGGUUCAGAAUCUGCUCACUGUAUGCCGUGUUCAAAAUGGCCUUGGAAGUGCUUCUGUUUAUCUCCCUGGUUCAACUAAAAUUCAUGAACAGAGUCUUACUGACAUGCAGGAGGUUUUGCAACAGCAAACUGAGGCUAUUGCUAGGCUUGGCAAUGUUUUGAAGCGAGAUAUCCGGGAUGUGGAGAUCAUAAUGGCUGAGGAAACAGAAAUGGUGGAAGACUGAUUAUAAAACAACCUUGUCAAUUGAUUCUGUUUUGCUUGUAUAUUCAUGUUUUUUUUUGUGUUAGACGGUAAAAAGUGAACAUUUUAAAAUCAAUGUAGGACAUCGAAUUUUGUUCAGCUAGCAGAGUUAUGUUGAUAGAGUUGCAAUUUUUUUUUA